UCAAUGACGCCCCAUGGGCUCCAGGAUCCUGCCCUUGACGCUGCGCUCUCUGGUUCAUGACGGAUCUUGGUGAAGCUCUGAAAGGCACCAUGUGGGAGCAGUUGAAGAAAGCACUCUUUUGCCCGUUCUCCAUCAGCCUUGUGGGAUUCCGGAAGUGGAUCCGGGCCUUCUGGAGCAAAAAUGGCCUCUUGACACUUUCCAUGCUUUCUGUGGUGACUGGAUGCCUUGUGGGGUUUCUGCUUAGGACACUGGAAUUAUCUGAUUUGGAGAAGCAGUAUUUCUCAUUCCCUGGAGAACUCCUGAUGAGGAUGCUGAAGAUGCUGAUAUUGCCACUGAUCACUUCCAGCUUGAUGUCUGGCUUGGCCACCAUGGACUCCAAAGCCUGUGGAAGGAUGGGGGUCAUCACCAUCACGUAUUACCUCUGGACCACCUUCCUGGCAGUUACCACUGGGAUCGUCUUAGUCAUCAGCAUCCACCCAGGGGCUGCUGCCCAAAAGGAGGAGUACACCGUCGGCAAAGUGGUGCUCAGCUCCGCGGAUGCUUUGCUGGACCUCAUCCGAAACAUGUUUCCUUCCAACCUCAUCGAGGCUUCGUUCCAGCAGUACCGGACAGUUCUGCUCCCCGUGGUGAAGUCACCUGGGAUCCCAAAGAUAUCCACAAAGUCACUAAGUUUCAUCUACUUUGUGCCGGAUGCUGAGAACUCGGAGAUCCAGCGGCCAGUGCUCCUUGAGAUCACGCCAGCACCAGAAAUGACCUACCGGACCCUCCCUGGCAGCAAUAACGAGAUGAACGUGCUAGGAAUAGUUAUCUUCUCAGCCACAAUCGGCCUCCUUUUGGGGAAGAUGGGCGAGCGAGGGGCUCCUCUGGUGAACGUCUGCCAGUGCCUGAAUGAAGCAGUAAUGAAGAUUGUGGCCAUGGCAGUCUGGUACUUCCCGUUUGGCAUCGUCUUCUUGAUAGCUGGGAAGAUCUUGGAGAUGGAAGACCCAUCCACGAUUGGGAAGAAGCUCGGCCUCUAUGCCAUGACUGUUGUGACUGGCUUGGCCAUCCAUGGCCUCUGCUUCCUGCCUCUGCUGUUUGUGCUCAUCACCAAGAAGAACCCUUUCUCCUUCAUCCGGGGGAUCCUCCAAGCCCUGCUCAUCGCUCUGGCAACGUCGUCCAGCUCAGCCACACUGCCCAUCACCCUGAAGUGUCUUUUAGAAAACAACGGGAUUGACAGGCGGAUAGCCAGGUUUGUCCUCCCGGUCGGGGCAACCAUCAACAUGGACGGGACUGCGCUUUAUGAGGCAGUGGCUGCCAUAUUUAUCGCACAGGUCAACGAAUACGACCUGGACUUGGGGCAGAUCAUAACCAUCAGCAUCACAGCCACAGCAGCCAGCAUCGGGGCAGCCGGGAUUCCCCAGUCGGGCCUUGUUACAAUGGUCAUCGUGUUGACCUCUGUCGGCCUCCCCACGGAAGACAUCACCCUGAUCAUCGCUGUUGACUGGGCCUUAGACCGAUUACGCACAAUGACCAACGUCUUGGGAGAUGCACUGGCAGCAGGAAUCAUAGCCCACGUCUGUCGGAAGGAUUUUGCUCCGAAACCAGGCAAAGAUCCCGAGAGCAACGAAGAAAAACCAGCCUUGAGGGGAACGCCUGCCUCCAAUGACCACGUGAUGGAAGUGAUCGGAGAGAUUUUGGCCGAGCAAAAAAAUUACAACAUCUGUCAGGUGUGA